GUGUUGAAGGCAGUUUAUAUAAACUAAUAAAUAAUAACGGCUCCAUGGUGUGAUAAAUAAUACACAAGUUCAAGGAGUAGAUUCAUGGAAUAUCAAUCCAAGUAUGAAAAUUUGAAAAGAAAGUUGAAGAUACUGCUUUAUGAGCAGGAAAGUUUCAAAAAAGAUCUGGAGAAAUCUCAGCAUAAACUAUUGAGAGUAUCUCGAGACAAAUCGUUUUUACUGGACAGGUUGUUGUUAUAUGAACAAGUAUCUGAUGAUUCUUCAAGUGAUACAGAUGCCACAUUAUCAUCUGACUGUGACACUAGUUUUGUAACCAAGAAAAAGAAUGCAUCAACCCUUAUUAAAGGAGAAUUGGAAAGAAAUACAACCAAGAUUGAGGAAUCAUCUGGAACAACUUUGAUAGUCAAAUCUGAAAAUACUGCCCUAGAUGAACAUACCAAUGGUGUUCCUGAUAUCGAAAUCAAGCGGAAAGAGUUUUCAUCUACAACUGGUGACAUUGCACCACAUGCAAUGGAUGUUGAGGAAAGGAAGAAAACAACAGAAGAUACAGAUGAAUCUUGGUGCGACAUUGACCCAUGAGGUGUUGGUAAUAUGUGGAAAUGAUCAAAACUGCAGUUUGAGCAUUUGUGUUGGUAUUGGAAUCAAUACUAGCUACAUGUGUUCAUCCUGAUGGAUUCCUAUACUUCAUCUGGGCCGCAUGAGAAAGUGUGCUUGGCAUGCGAUGGUAUUAUCUUUAGCAAGAAUAUUCAUAUAAAAAUACAGUGUGUGAUGAUAUAAACAGUCUCUUUGUA